GAGCGGGUCCCGCGGCGGCGGCGCGGCUCAGGCGUCGGAGCGGGCGGCAGCGGGCGCCGCCUCCGCCUCCAUGCUGUUUACCCGGCUGCAUUGUGGGAGUUUGACCUCCGCCGCCAACCGCCGCCUCAGCCCGCGCCGCCGCCGCCGCGCACGCCAUGGGAGCCGUGACUGACGACGAAGUCAUACGGAAGCGUCUCCUGAUUGAUGGAGAUGGCGCUGGAGAUGAUCGCAGAAUUAAUCUGCUAGUGAAAAGUUUCAUUAAAUGGUGCAACUCUGGAUCCCAGGAAGAGGGUUACAGCCAGUACCAACGUAUGCUGAGCACACUGUCCCAGUGUGAAUUUUCCAUGGGCAAAACUUUGCUGGUAUAUGAUAUGAAUCUCAGAGAGAUGGAAAAUUAUGAAAAAAUUUACAAAGAAAUAGAAUGUAGCAUUGCUGGAGCACAUGAAAAAAUUGCUGAGUGCAAAAAGCAGAUUCUUCAAGCAAAACGAAUACGAAAAAAUCGCCAAGAAUAUGAUGCUUUGGCAAAAGUGAUUCAGCAUCAUCCAGACAGGCAUGAGACAUUGAAGGAACUAGAAGCUCUGGGCAAAGAAUUGGAGCAUCUUUCACAUAUUAAAGAAAGUGUUGAAGACAAGCUGGAAUUGAGACGGAAACAGUUUCAUGUGCUUCUUAGUACCAUCCACGAACUUCAGCAAACACUGGAAAAUGAUGAGAAGCUCUCGGAGGUGGAGGAGGCUCAGGAAACAAGCAUGGAUGCUGAUCCUAAGCCCUAGGCCAGCGCUCGCCACUCCCAGCUACUGAAGUAGCAGCAUGAUCUUAGUGUGUUUAGCAUUUGCUGUGCUCUUGAGACAUUUAAAGUUUAGACAGUGAACUAAUUUGCUUUUAAAUGUUUAUGUACAGUUCAUUCAUAUUUCUUCACACAAAGGAAAAUGACUCCACUAUAAUAUUUGUUUUGUUAUUGAAAUACCUUUUUUAUUCUUAUACUUAAAAGGUAGUAUCCAAAACUGUUCAAUAAAACUUUUUCAAGCUCA